UCAGGGAGGGCCAAUGCAACAUCCAUGCCAGGUUCAACACUCAAAAGCCGUUACUUUUUCCAAGCAGUAAGGCUGAUCAACACAUCAUCCCCAAAUGCAACCCCACCACAACCACUACUUUAUUACUUCUGUCACUCACCUUAUGUAGACACUCCUGUGCCUAGCAUCAUUUUAUGGGCAUACAAUCAAUAUAUGUAUAUAAACUGGCUUAUGUAUAUAUGCGCAUUUUUGUGUUCCUUAACUUACUGUUUUUUUUUGUGUGCUGCAUUGGAUCCGUGUAACAAUUAUUUCAUUCGACUUUAUACUGGUGUACUGGAAAUUACCUUAAAACAAUCUUGACAUGAAGUACAUAUUAUAUGCAGUAACAACGUCUCUUGCCUCAGUACCAUGAAUAUACUUAUACCAAGCCUCUCAACAAUUAAUUUGAAAUUGUAAAAAAAGCAUUUCAAUUUAUAAUUUGAACGCAUGCUCAAUGGUUACCGGAAGACUUAAGUGCACUGACAAUCCUUCUGGCAGACUAUGCUAUUCAGACUAUCGAUGAGCAAGGAAGGUGCUGGUUCAUUAGGAGAAAUUGUACUCAAUACAAGAGCACUGCACUGUUCAAGAAUCCACUUUUAUUUCCAUCGAGUGCAAACAUGAAAAGUGAACAGGUGCAGGACAGAAAUGGCAACUGGGGAAUGGAAUUUCUGGAUGGCUGUCCUUGGGUGUCUUUCUGGCACAAUGACAACUAAUACUAUGGUUUGUUUAAUCAUCUUCAGAUGCAUCAAAAUGAUUUGGUGAUUGAAAGCAAAUGUUGUGACAGAUGUCAGAGGAACCUGAAAGAGUGCAAUUGUCCCAUACAAGCAUAAUUGGAAAAUGCAACCUUGGGUGGUUGAGGCUGUUCACAAGCCCCAACGUACACAGACCCUGAACACACCUACACCUGCAUCCAGACACAAUCCCUGCCCACAUGUGCUGCUGCUUGCUGUCUGAAUUAGGAUUUUUUUGGGUUGUUAUUCUACUGUUCAAUAAACUCUUUACAUCUUAUUAAUAUGCAGGUACUACAGUUACCUGUAUUGUAAUCUAUUGUUAUUAGGCCAAAAUCUUAAUAAUUAGCGUGACAUAGCACACUAAUUAUGGAACCUAUAAGUCUUUGAAACAGAUGUUGCUUUAGUGGCGGUCGAUUAUUUCAAACCUAAAGUCUGUCCAUACCUCUAACUGCGUCUAUACCCAGUCAAAUACAGUACUUUGCAACACCAGGGCAACAGCUUGACCAAAACCUUGGUAGCUACUCGGCACCAAAGCCUGGUGCUUCAUCGAACGUCCCCAUUCUACUUCUGACAACAGUUCUGGUGUUUAUAUCUCUUGAGGUCCGCACUGAAGCAAACAGAGUGAUGCUGUAAAUCCGGACCACGUAGUCGUUCGGUUCGCACAGACUGGCUUGUGGCGAUGUUGAAGGGAAAUUGAAUGUAUUGUUUAACAGAGUACGAUCAAUUCAAAAGAAAAGUGGAGAUUUUGAUCUGCUACUGUGUGUAGGAAACUUCUUUGGAACUACUGCAGAGGCAGAAUCAGAAUGGGCAGAUUACAAAUCUGGAGCCAAGAAAGCUCCAAUGCAAACUUGUAUAUUGGGUGCCAACUCUCAAGAAACCACAAAAUAUUUCCCCACUUCAGAUGGAUGUGAAUUGGCAGAAAACAUUACAUAUUUAGGUCGGAAAGGCAUUUUUACAGGAGUAUCUGGUUUACAAAUAGUUUACCUGAGUGGUACUGAAGCCCAGAAUGAUCCGGCGCCUGCUUACUGCUUUACCUCUAGUGAUGUGAUAACAUUGAAGACGUCAUUAACAGCCAGCUCCAGUUUCAAGGGUGUGGAUAUCUUAUUGACAUCACAGUGGCCAAAAGGAGUGUGGAGAUAUGGAAACAGUCUGGAAGAUAUUGACACAAAAUCAUGCGGCUCCAUUGCCAUAGCAGAUCUUGCAUCUACCCUAAAACCCAGAUAUCAUUUUGCUGCUUUGGAAGGAGCUAAUUAUGAAAGAUUACCUUACAGAAACCAUGUGGUACUGCAGGAAAAUGCACAGCACGUUACGAGGUUCAUUGCACUGGCAAAUAUCAGCAAUUUUAGUAAGAAAAAGUACCUGUAUGCAUUUAAUAUUAUGCCCAUAAGUUCCAUGGAUCCAACUGAAUUAGUGAAACAACCUCAAGAUGUCACAGAAAGUCCAUACAAGAAAAUGACAAAAGAAUUUCAAAAAGGAAAAUUGGGGGAACCUGCACCAGAGGAUGCUCAGUUCUUCUUUGAUUUGGGCAAACGAGAAGGAAAGAAAAGAUCAUCCGGAGAAGGAGGGCCUCCAUCUCAUCAAUCAAAACAGCCCCGAAAGCCACCUAAGCCAACAAGCCCUUGCUGGUUUUGCCUUGCUAGUCCUGAGGUAGAAAAGCACUUGAUAAUCAGUAUUGGUACGCACUGCUAUAUUGCUCUUGCCAAAGGUGGCUUAUCUCCUGAUCAUGUACUUAUUUUACCCAUUGGACAUUAUCAGUCAGUAGUGGAGCUUCCUUCAGAAGCCAUUGAAGAAGUUGAAAAGUGUAAAUUGGCUUUGAAGAGGUUUUACAAGAGCAUUGGGAAAAGGUUUGUAAUGUUUGAAAGGAACUACAGGAGUCAACAUUUGCAGCUGCAGGUGGUUCCUGUCCCUGCUCAGUGUUGUACUACUGAUGAAAUUAAAGAAGCUUAUAUUGUACAAGCUGAGGAACAACAGAUGGAGCUCUUGGAAAUCCCUGAACAUUCAGAUCUCAAGCAAAUAAUUCAGCCUGGAUUGGCAUAUUUCUACGUUGAACUAGACAGUGGAGAGAAGUUAUUUCACAGAAUAAAGAAACAAUUUCCUUUGCAAUUUGGAAGGGAAGUUCUAGCAAGUGAAGCUGUCCUGAAUAUACCUGAUAAAGCAAAUUGGCGAGAAUGUAAAUAUAGCCGAGAAGAUGAAGAAGGAUUUGCCAAGACUUUCAGAGUGGGUUUUCAACCUUAUGAUUUUUCUUUGCUUGAUUAAAUUGAAUUUAUCUUGUUUUUUUUUGUAAAUACUUUCAACAACAUUGGUCAAUGUUUCUCUGAAGUUUAGUCAUUUGAGAGAAAUUAUCCCAGGUGCUAUGACUUUGAUAAAGAUAUAUUUUCAUUCACAGAACUACGUAUGUGCGGCUAUAGUUGACUUUGAGAAGUAUUGUGCAUAUCAUGGGUCAGUUUGUAAAGAAUAAUCAAGGCAAAUCUAAUUUUUCCUAAAUGGACUUCACAAUUGCAGUUUCUUUUCAGAAUCCAGCACCUUGUAUAUUUAUUAAUAUAAAUAAUUCAAGGAACUGCUUUCAAGUUGUCAUUCAAAAUUAUUGGCUUAAUCUAAUUCUGUAAAGUUUUACUUCAGUGAUAACUUGGAUGUAUUUUUACAAUUUUUCAUUUUAAAAAAUUAAACAAAUUAGUUUUCCAGAAAUUCUGUUUAGACUUGGUGCAGUGGAUUUGUUGGUGUACUUUCUUCCUGUAAUUUUGAUGUAAUAAAUACUUUAAUAAUUUA